UUCCGUCGGCUCCUAUCGCGGGGAUUGGCUGUUGGCGGCGUUGCUGCUAAGCUCGAGUGCGGCCGAGGUGUCUGCAGCGGUUGAAACGAAGAGAGUUUGGCGCGAUGUCUCACACCAUUUUACUGGUACAGCCUACCAAAAGGCCAGAAGGCAGAACUUACGCCGACUAUGAGUCAGUGAAUGAAUGCAUGGAAGGUGUUUGUAAAAUGUAUGAAGAACAUCUGAAGAGAAUGAAUCCCAACAGUCCCUCCAUCACAUAUGACAUCAGUCAGUUGUUUGAUUUUAUCGAUGAUCUGGCAGACCUCAGCUGCCUUGUUUACCGAGCUGACACCCAGACGUACCAGCCUUAUAACAAAGACUGGAUUAAAGAGAAGAUCUAUGUGCUCCUUCGUCGGCAGGCCCAACAGGCUGGGAAAUAAUUGAGUUGGAAGCAUUAGGGGGUUGGGGGUGGCUUGGAACACAGGUAUGUACAGCUUGCUGUAGUGGAAGUUUUGUAUUAUAAUAAUCCUGUUUCCAUUUUGUUAUACUCUAGCCAAGAUUGAAUGUAUUAGAUGAAAUGUGACGAUCUUAUUCAAUCUGAAACCCCUUUUGCCCCCCCGCUUUUUUUUACUUCAACAUUUUUUUGAUGAUUUAGAUGGAAGUUCUUUGUCAGUUAAUGUUGGUUCCAAUCCUUCAAAACUAUUCAUAUCUGCUUUAUAACAUUCACUGUACUAACCCUUCUUCAAGAUGGGGUAGGGGGUGGUAACACAGUUUAGUUUUGUCCUCAAGAUAAAGUCUUAAUGAAAAAUAAAUGUUCUUUAGUUAUAUUUUCUCCCUCA